AUGAAUUCGCUCAUCCUCGAAGGCUUGAUGCCCAGAGGCAACAAUGGCGACUUGGUGGCUCGACUGACCAACUCCGUGGAACUUGAUAUCGACCCUCUCCCGAAGGUUCAACGACAAGGUCUAAUAGCAAUCUCGAUUAUGGCUUUCUUGUCGCUGAUGGCAACUGCCACGCUUCUCGGGUUCAUUACCUUUCGACUCAUCUUCUGGCGCUCAAGCUACCAACGAUACAUCGGUUACAACCAAUACGUCAUUCUCAUCUACAACCUGGUCUUGGCCGAUUUCCAACAAUCACUCGCUUUCAUUAUCAACUUACGAUGGAUCCUCUCGGACAAGAUUGAGUCCGGUACGGCUGCCUGUUUCUUGCAAGGAUUCUGGCUCCAGGUUGGAGACCCUGGUUCCGGUCUUUUCGUGCUUGCCAUUGCUUUCCACACUUUCCUUUUGGUCGUAUGGGGACGCAAAAUGUCCCACAAGGUCUUUGUCUCCUUCGUCAUUGGUAUCUGGGUCUUCAUCGCCUUAAUUGUUAUUAUCCCACUGGCUAUGUAUGGCGCCGACGUGUUCACACCUUCGGGCGCGUGGUGCUGGAUUAGCGAAGAUUAUGAGACCACCCGUCUAUGGACUCACUAUAUCUGGAUUUUCCUGGCUGAGUUCGGCUCUGUUGCCCUCUACGCCGUCAUGUUCUUCCAGCUGCGCCAACAGAUCAAGGCCUCUUCCAUUCUGGGUAACAGCCAGCUGGAGUCGUUCAAGCGUCUGCGUCGUGUGGUCGGAUACAUGACCAUCUACCCCAUCGUCUACAUCGUUCUGUCUCUUCCUCUUGCUGCUGGUCGUAUGGCCACUGCCAACGGCGACCCACCAAACGUCACCUUCUUCUGUUGUGCUGGUGCUAUCAUCACCAGUUCCGGUCUGGUCGAUGUGGUCCUAUACACUCUCACCCGUCGCAACCUGAUCAUCGACUCCGAGCCCAGUCACGACCGUUCCUACAACAAAUUCGCCAGCAGCAAGGGUCGCAAGGGUGACACUCACCUGACUACCAUCACUGCCGAGCCUCCCGCCAAGCGUAAGGGCAUGGGCGGCACCAUCAACGACGAUAUGGACCACCGUGACGGCUCAACAGACAACAUCGUCCAGCCCAGCAACCAUGAAAUGGGCCCCAUUGGAAAGGUGUACCAAGAAACCACCAUCGAGAUCACACACGAGCCCGCCUUCCCCGACGAAGGUGAAAGCUCCUCUCGCUCGAGCAAGGACUUCGGUGAGGUGUCUGGCCACGGCUGGAGGCGAUGA